AUGGCCGCGUCUCAGGAUCCAUCAAAUGGUCAUUCACUAGAAUCACACAAAGAACUAGUGCAGUGGGUCACAAAUCAUGGCGGCUACAUCGCAGAUACUGUAUUCGUCGCUCAAGACGAUACCCGGGGCGUCCACAUCCAAGUGAGGACCGACCUGCCGGAAGCCAUCAGCAAAGAGACGCGUGUAAUCAGCACGCCACUGAAUGUGACAAUGUCCUACUUCAACGCGAUCGACUACACAUGUCCCACGGGCUCAUUUCCCAGCCACGGCGUCGUAUUUCCGAGGGAAUUCAUCGAUGCUGUCGGGAGAGAGGAGACGACGGCGUUUUACCUUAUGGGCCAGUUCCUGCGUGGUGAGGAGGGGUUUUGGUUUCCUUAUCUGCGGACUUUGCCUCAGCCGGGCCAGUUGACGACGCCUUUAUUUUUUGGCGAGCAUGAUGUCGAUUGGCUUCAGGGCACGGGGAUCCCGGAUGCCUCGGUUUUUAGGUAUAAGCAUUGGGAUAAGAAAUUUGACGAGGGGAUGUCUAAGCUGGAGGAGCUGGGGGUUGAAGGGUUGGAGAUGUUUACUUGGGAACUGUACCUGUGGGCAUCAACUAUUAUCACAUCGCGGGCGUUCUCCCCCAAAGUCUUGGCCGGGGCUUUAGAGGAGGCUGACCUGCCCGAAGAUUCGGUCCCGGUCUUGUUGCCAUUGAUCGAUCUUCCUAACCAUCGACCCUUGGCGAAGGUAGAGUGGCGGGCUGGAGAUGCAGAUGUUGGCUUGCUUGUGCAGGAAAAUGUUUCGCCCGGCGAGGAAAUUUCCAACAACUACGGACCUCGUAACAAUGAGCAGUUGCUGGUGAACUACGGAUUCUGUAUCCUGAAUAACCUUACGGACUACCGUAUUGUCAAGCUUGGCCUUCCAGAAGAGAGCCCACUUGGUCAGGCCAAAGCCCGCCAGGCCGAAAUGUUCCCAGAGCUGGCCAAGGCCGUUGAAGACCAUUACUACAUCUUCAACAUUUUCUACCCACUGCUGGCACAGGAAAGACCGAUGGAACACUCGAUUUUCUCACCAGCUCUUUUCAACGCCAUAGCAGUCAUGCAGGCCAACGAGCGCGAGCGCAGGAAGUUAGAGAUUACAGAAACCGACAUCUCUAUCCCUGGUGGCUACGGCAGCGGACGAAACACAUUGGCAGUUCUAGCGCAAAUUAGCUUCGAGCUUAUUGCGCAUAUUGCACACCUUCAAGAAACUGCCGAAGACUUGCCAGAACAGCCGUCGAACCUGAAGCAGACUUUUGCGCAAAUAUAUCGCAACGGACAAAUUACACUGGAUAAGACUGCGUUGAUUAUUGCGGCGUGGACGAUUUCUCGCGCGCGGGAGCAUCAACGGGGUGAGGAAUGGGAGGAUAUCAAGGUUCUUCUCCAUGAGCAUAUGCAGAAGAUUCCGGCGGAUCAUUUCUCGCACGAUAUUAUGUCCCGGAUUCGUGUGCGUGUGCUGGAGCGACAGUCUCUCCUCCCCAAGAAUGGGGAGUUGUUCCGACUGGGAGAGAUCUACAGUUUACUUCCAGCUGAGAUGCAAGCGCCGAGUCAGCAGUGUUUCGCCCACAUCUUGGGCGAGGCUGGUAGCCAGCGCGUCCCUGCCCUUCAAACAGACCCGCAGGCCCUGUUUGCGCUGGUAGUGAAUUUAUUGGUUGCUACCCGACGCUCACCUCAAGCGCAGUCCCAGCUGUCGUCACGUCUGAUUCGGUGGGUGGACUUCCUUCUGAAAGAGUAUCCUCUUCAAAGCAGCCCGGAGGAUGAAUGUAGUGGAGUCCUCGAACAAUUGGGGGCAUACGUCCAGAACCAGGGCGCACAGUCAUGGGCUGAAUCUGAUGGGGUAACGUGGCUGGAUUCGGAGAGCGGGUGGCUGAACUCGAAGUGGCUGCAAUGGGCCUGGCGAGUGGUGAAGGGGGAAAUGGUAUUGAUUCCUUUAGAUCCGCUGCAGGUAUUGACGAACAGCCCAGCGAUGCCAAAGCAGGCGGUGCUAUAUGUACCGCAGGAGUAG